GCCCUAUCUAAGUGAUAUGACCAGUUGUUUUCUGGACUUGAAAAUUUGCAGUUUUGAUAUCGUCAAUUUGAACUUCUGAAACUUUGCAAAUUGAUUCAGACAUUCAUCGUUGUUUAAUUUUGAGCUAUAAAGGUAAAAAAGAAACAAAGAAACUAAAGGAGAACUAUGAAUCUUGAAGAUUUGAUUUAUUUAACUCUAAAUGUGAUCGCAUCAGGGUUUGUUUUAAAUUUACUCGACCAUGGCCUCCAGCGAGGGCGAAAAUAAGAAAAUACAGAUUUAUUCCACUCCCACGGAUGUUAUUUCCACCUUCUGGAAAGAAAAAUAUGAAAAGGAUGCGAAAAAAUACUGGGAUAUAUUCUAUAAACGCCACGAGAAUAGAUUCUUUAAGGAUCGACAUUAUUUAGACAAAGAAUGGGGACCCUACUUCUUUCUCCUGAAUCUAGCGAGCUAUGACAUAGAAGGCUCGAUCAUCUUCACUAUCAGGCACUUCCUUCACUUGAAAAGAUGGUUAAAGGAACUUUGUAGGUUGUCAAAUUCCCCUGGAUCUGCGGCUAUGGAGGCCACGUUUAGAAACAAUGCUGUCUUGGAGGUUGGAUGUGGAGCUGGAAACACCGUCUUCCCUCUUCUAUCAUCCUUUCCUGAUCUGUUUGUGUAUGCAUGUGAUUUCUCUCCACGUGCCAUUGACUUGGUGAAGGCACACAAAGAUUACAAAGAAGAGCAGGUACAUGCAUUUGUGUGCGAUGUCACAGCAGAUGAACUCACUGUUGAAAUUCCUCCAGCUUCAGUUGACAUUGUCACAAUGAUUUUUGUCCUAUCUGCAGUAUUGCCAGAGAAAAUGUCUCAGGCAGUGCAAAAUAUUAGGCGCGUUUUAAAGCCAAAUGGACAUGUACUUUUCCGAGACUAUGCAAUUGGAGACCUUGCACAGGAAAGGUUGACAAGCAAGGAACAGAAGAUCAGUGAGAAUUUCUAUGUUAGAGGGGAUGGGACUCGUGUUUUUUACUUUUCUGAAGAAGCUUUGGCAAGCCUUUUUACUAGUAAUGGGUUUGUAUCUGAGAAAAUUGAAGUUCACUGCAAAAGAAUAGAGAACCGUUCACGAGAAUUGGUGAUGGACCGGCGCUGGAUUCAAGGAGCAUUUUGCUCCUCCAAUGUUGGGCUCUCUCCUCUUCAGUCAGAUGUUCAAAAGGAGAAAGAAGAAGACAGCAAAUAUAAGUCUAUCACCUGGGAUGCACAUGACCAAACAGGUGUUCAUAGCUCCUUGGAAGAGACCGAUGAUGUAGUUGAGGUUGAUCUUUCUGAGACCAUUGGCAUGGAAAUGCUUGGAGGUGUUCCUAGUGCUAAUGAGGUUUUUGAUAUUUUGAUUGGCGGUCAAGCAUACAAUUUGAAAUGUCUAUCAAAAGAGUAUCAACAUACAUGCAAGUCCACAGGCUUUAUGCUUUGGGAAUCAGCUCGUAUGUUGUCACCACUGCUAGCCACAAAUCCAGAUAUUUUUUCAGGGAAAAAUGUUCUGGAGUUAGGUUGUGGUUCUGCUGGAAUCUGCUCCAUGGUUGCAGCUAAAUCUUCCAAACUUGUGGUUGCUACUGACGGUGAUCUAGCAGUGAUGGAUUUGUUAACUGAAAACAUAAAGGCAAAUUCCCAACACUGGAGUCCCAGCAAAUUGCUUUGUGAGAGAUUAGAAUGGGGAAACAAGGCACAUAUAGAUGCAGCCAGAAGUCUAUGUCCACAAGGUUUUGAUGUGAUCAUAGGAACAGAUGUGGUCUAUGUGGAGGAUGCUAUUAUCCCCUUAUUUGAAACUGCUAAGGCGCUGGUUUCUACAGGGGAAAUUGGUAUGUUAAGACCUGCUGUCAUUCUUUGCCAUGUAAUUCGACGAGUGCAUGAAGGAUACAUCAUUUCAGCCGCAAGUCAAUACGGUUUCCAUCUUGAAGAUAAAUGGCCUUCAGAUAAUGAUGAAUGUAUGAAAAAUAGUCUCAUUGCAUCAUGGUUCCCUGAUGAUAGCUGUAGAGAUCUCUUUUUACAAAGCGCAUUGAGAAUUAUGUAUUUUAAUUAGAUAAGGUCAAUUUUUCUAGCCUUGUUUCAUAUAUGAAAUUCUUAUUUAAUAUUUAUUUUUCAGUUAGAUUUUUGGUUC